AUGUCGUGCCGCCUCCACAUAUGCGAGGAGGUGGUGUACUACCGCGUGCGCAGCUUCUCCAUCACGCCCAACGGCAUCUUCAACCUGGGCGACUCGUUCCGGUCGCGGCGCUCGCCGUCCGUCAACUCGGUCAGCUCGACCGGCUCCAGCCAGCACAGCCCCACCGACAGCCCGGGGCCGCGCGAGCGCCUGCCCAGCUCGGCGUCGCAGGGCCAGCCGCAGCAGGCGUCGUCUGCGGGGGCGUCAGGCCUGUCCCUGGCGCAGGGCGGCGCCGGAGACGCGGCCGCCGACAUCCCGCGCUUCAAGGUCGCCAUGCUGGGCGCGUCCGGCGUCGGCAAGACGGCGCUCACCUGCCAGUUCACCACCUCGGAGUACAUCUGCGCCUACGACACCUCGCUCGAUGAGGAGUUCGGCCAGAAGACGGUGUCCGUGAUGCUGGAUGGACGCGAAGCCGAACUUGAAAUCGUCGACCACCCAGCCUCAGAGAUGUCGGUGGAGAGCUACUGCACGACGUACAACCCGGACGUGUUCGUGGUGGUAUACUCGGUAGUGGACCGCAAGACGCUCAAGGCAGCCGAGGACAUCCUGCUGUUCCUGUGGAAGAACGACUACGUGGCGUCGCGUGGCGUCAUCCUGGUGGGCAACAAGGCAGACCUGGAGAGGCGGCGGGAGGUGCCCAUGGCUGGCUUUGUGGGAUCAUGA